AUGGCUCGCAGACCUGUCCCAGUUGAACAAUCUGACUUCGAGAAACAGCGACUAGCAAAUAUCGCCGAGCGCGAUGCGCUGCUCAAAAAAUUGACUCAAGAGGCGGCGGCCUCUGGCCUCUACUCGAAGCCGGCAAAUGGUGGUCCUCAGAGCAGUGCUAAACGAGCCGCAAAGCCUAAGCAGCCGCCGGCGAAACGCGUCAAGAAAGAGAUCGAUGUCACACCACGAAGGUCGUCAAGCCGUUUGGCAGGAAUACAGGCAGACAGCGAGGUCGCCAAAGAGAAGGCUGAGAAAGAAUAUGAGCAAGCCAAAGAAGUCGAAAGGCAAAAGAGACAGAGGGUCACAGGGGAUCUCAACUUCGCGGAUAGCGGUACGAGUGGUUUGAUUGGCACAGAUAUAAUUCUCAAAGGCGUCGCGAGGCCGUAUGCGCGGACGUUCGACGACGCAGAUAUCAAAGAGACCACCGAUAAGGAUCUCAAGAAACUCCGUGAGAGGAUGUCCUCGCUGGAGAUCUGGGAUGCAUGGGAUCCCAGCCGAAUCAAGAUCACCCCUGAGCGGGUCUACUCGAUGGCGUUCCAUCCCACUGCAACGAAGCCCAUCGUCUUCGCGGCGGAUAAGAUGGGCAAUCUGGGGAUCGUCGACGCAUCACAGCGACCUGUGAAAGUCGUCAAGCAAGAGGAAGAAGACGAAGAAGAAGAAGGCGACGACGACCCCGACCCUGAGAUCACCACCAUAAAACCGCACACCAGAACUAUCUCCUCCAUGCACACCCACUCCUCGAAGCCAGAAACACUCUACACUGCGUCCUAUGACUCCUCCAUCCGAGCAACAGACCUACAGAAGGGUAUCGCCGUCGAGGUAUACGGCCCAGCGUCCAGAGAAGAGGACGAGCCGAUCUCCGGCAUUGACAUGGCCGCAUCUGAUCCCAACACGCUGUACUUCACGACCCUGAACGGCGGAUUCGGGCGGUACGAUACCCGACAGUCGCCUUCCAGCGUCGAGCUAUACCAGCUCUCAGAAAAGAAAAUUGGCGGGUUCUCCCUCAACCCAGCUGCGCCGCACUACCUGGCUACCGCAUCUCUCGACCGGUUCAUGCGGCUCUGGGAUCUGCGGAAGAUGGCGAAAAAGCUUCCAACGCUGGUUGGCGAGCACGAAUCACGACUCAGCGUAAGUCACGCGGCGUUCAACACGGCCGGCCAGGUCGCGACGACGAGUUAUGACGACACGAUCAAGAUUCACUCAUUUGGUGUGCAUGGCAAGGCGGGCACCAGCGCCCUCGAAAGCAUGAAUACGUGGAAGCCAGGCACGACGCUUGAGGAGGAUGUCAUGAAGCCCGAGAUUGUGGUCAGGCAUAAUAAUCAAACCGGUCGGUGGGUUACCAUCCUUCGCCCGUUGUGGCAACGGUAUCCUGAAGACGGGAUCCAGAAACUCGUGCUGGGCAACAUGAACAGAUUCGUCGACAUCUACAGCGCCGACGGCACGCAACUGGCCCAGCUCGGCGGCGAAGGAAUAACCGCCGUCCCCGCCGUCGCUGUCUUCCACCCCACCAAGGACUGGGUAGCUGCCGGCACGGCGUCCGGGAAACUGUGUCUUUGGAUGUGA